AUGGUUCAGGUGGUUUUCAAGUCUCCCGCUCGCGUGAUUCUGACAACCCCACUCGUACCCUCGUCCCCAAAGCAUACGACAUCACCCCCAGGCACCCUGGCCUCCUCGAACCCCCCGGCGCAGCACAGUAGAUACACCGGUACACCUGGGCAGGGCCUGGACUGGCCCGCAACUCAAUUCUUCCCCACCUCAAACUACGAAAGCAUCCCCUUCUCUCCACCUCGAAAUGGAGCUUCGUUGCUGACGGACCCGGAUCAGACUUCGCCGUGCCUAAUGCGUGUUGUUAAGCAAACUAUGUACGGAUACCUAUUGUAUUCGUUGCCCAGACAGCAAAAGCCCGCCAUGCGCGCUUCCAAUCGCGCCAGUGGCUCGACAGCAAUUGCAGGUGCCGAUUUCUCACCCAAGAGAUUUUAA